AUGGAUUCCCGUUCCACAAGGUAUCGAUCACUCGAUGCAAAGGCUGUUGAGCCGCCUCCCAGAGUCAGGGAACGGCACAAUUCGGCCCCCACAGUUGAUCGACGCAAAGACCAGCACCAAAGGCGUCCCUCCGCCGUUAUCAAACCCUCAGAUGCCAGCCACCGAAGCUCGAAACCCCAUGCCCGGGUCGACUCUUUGACUUCUCCAGACCGUGGCACAAACAACCGACGCUCAGAUCGCUCCCAACUUUCUGGCUAUUCCCUCGAGGCGAAGCUCCCGAACAAGGCAAGUGACUCGGAGUCGACCUCGUCCAUCAACUUGCUGGUGCUGGGCUCUCGCAACUCGGGAAAAACCACCUUUAUUCGAAACUCCAUUGGUAAAGAUCGGUCUCGUACCUCGAUUGAAGUUCGCAUCAGAGACAGGAGCUAUCAGAUCCAAUUCUUCGAGUUGCUCUUCGACGAUGUCGACUUCAGUAGCGAGCGAAGAAUCGAAUGGCCUACAUACAUAAACGGGGCUCCUCUGCCCGAGAUUGAUGGUGUAUUUUGCCUAUACGACGUCUCUGACAAGGAAAGCGUCGCCGACGUCCCGGCCGCACUGACUUCCAUGACCAAUACCGGUGUGCCUUGUAUGCUUGUUGCCGCCAAAUGCGACGUCAAGAACGAAGCCCGUCAAAUCAGUCCACGUUUCCACGAGACCAUCCGUCACAAUCUUGCCAAGGUUGCCAUUGCCGAGAUUUCCAUCAGAUCCCCAGAGAACACCAAGCAGUGUUUUCUUGCAAUGAUUCAUCGAGUCAUUGCAUCUCCUCGAGCGUCUAUUCGAGCAAGCAAGUCAUCAUACACUUCCACCGAGUCUGCAAACAGUCAGCGCGUCCUCUCAAGGGACCCUUCACCAAAGUCGGCUCGAAGCAGAAGCCGAUCCAAUAGUCGAUUGCAAAUCUCCAAGUCCAAGGAGCUACUGCUGAAUCUUUCAGUGCGACAAGCACUUGUCGAGUCCGAGAACGAAUAUAGUCAAUCUUCUGAGACGGAGGAUGUAGCUCCAGCCAGUCGCAAGGCCAAACUCAGACUGGACACGACAGCUGUUUCCCAACCUCAGCGCCGUCCAGCAGGACCCCACACGCCAAUAUCUUCUGGUGAUUUUACCGGCAAACUCGUAUCUUCUCUUGAGACUUCAACGACAGCAGUUCCCGAAACGCCCGAUUCCUACUAUGUAAAAUCAAUGCUGCGUCCCGAAUCGACAUCUACCGUUGACAGCCGGGCGUAUCAAACCUUCCUCAACAUGGACGAAGACUCACAUGACCUCUCACCUCGGACGGAAGUGGAAGCUUUGUGCCCUCCUUUGGGCGGUCUCAAAGUUGAGGAAGGUUCAAACGUAGAGCGCGGGGUCCCCUUCCAGGAACUGGUCGACAAACUCCUCUUGUUGCCUGCGAGCAAAACGGAUUCCAAAUUUGUCCCGUCUUUUUUGUGUCUGUACCGAGCCUUUGCCACUCCACAAAAACUGCUCACCGCCAUUAUCGACCAAUUCAUGAAGGUGGAACAGAGUAAGAUGGUUCACUUCUCCAAAGUCGCAGAGAUGCUUCGAUACCUGCAGGUAUUGGCUCAAUGGACUGCCACCUACCCCGGGGAUUUUUCUCCUGGCCCUGCUCGUGAUAUCGCCAUCCCCUUUGUGCAAAGUAUUGAAAAGAGCAAGGUGUUCGCCCCAGCUGCCAGAGAGAUUAGUAACAACCUGGACACCAUCAUUCCUGACGAAGACUUGGAUUGGGCAUUUGAUGAUUUACCCUCCUCAUCAAGUAAGAAGAGUGGCGCAACUAUUCACCACAAAGCAAGUAUAUUGUCGUCCGCUUCAACCCUGGUUCCUUCGCCGAGCACGGAGAAUAUGACGAGGUCAAGUCGUAAGGGACGACGAGAAGAAGACGACAGUGAGGACGAUCGUGACGGGACAACUUCAUCUGCACGCGGAUCCAAUGUGCCUUCAACGUCUUCCAGCAUGAUGAGAUCAAGUAAUCCCUCCAGUCAAUCCUAUGCAAACUUUGUACAAUUGGAAAAUGCAAAACUGGAAGCAGAAAGAUACAGGCCCGUACCCCGUUUUCGUCUCAGCAAAUUUCAGUGGCAUCUCUUUAUGGAAAGCACCCUCGAUGACCUUGCUAGGGAAAUUACACGGAUCGAUUGGACAGUGUACUCGGCAAUCAGGCCCCGGGAUUUUGUUCGGCACGUCUCUAUUUCCACCUCGCAGAAAAGGAAAUCCAGCUCGUCCGACAACAUCGGCGCCAUGGUGAAAAAUUUCAAUCAUUUGGCGUUAUUUGUGUCCGGCAUGAUCCUACUCCGGGACAAGCCAAAGCAUCGAGCAAGAGCUUUGGAGAAAUUUAUGGCACUCGCGUGGAAAGUGAGGCAACUGAACAAUUACAACUCCCUUGGCGCUAUCGUGGCGGGUAUCAAUGGUCAUGAGAUUGCUCGUUUGGGUGCCACCCGAGAUCUGAUACCGGCAGAGGUCCAGAAGCAAUUUCUGAGACUGACCAUUCUUAUGGGGAUAUCAAGAUCUCACGCCGCAUAUCGCAUGGCUUGGGACAAUUCUCCGGGUGAACGGAUUCCGUUUCUCCCCCUUGUACGACAAGAUCUUACCAUGGCGGCUUCAGCAAACCAGACAUUUAUCGGGACCAACGUCAACUGGAAGAAAUUUGAGAUCAUGGGAGACGUCAUUGUUGGCAUCCAACGAAGUCUCGAAAAUCCCUACAGCUUCCCGCCAAGAUCCGUUCGUACUGAUGAGAUAACGAAAUUGAUCUUGGAAACCAAGAUCGUUGAAGAAUCAGAGGAUUCUGCAGACCCACGCAGCGAGCUAUACGACCGAAGUGUACAGGUUGAACCACAACAGGCUGGGGGGGAUCCUAGAAAAAAGUUCGAAUGGUUACGGCGUUAA